UCACUUCUUCACAUAAUGGUUACAGAUGAUUACUUGGUCGACUUGGGUGCACAAUGGAUUGACGGAGAAAGAGGAAACGUGGCGAACGAUUUGGCAAGUCCACUGAACCUCACGGACCACCCGAUGCCGAACAUGCCUUUCAACUUCAAAACGUAUACAUCUUCGGGAGAGUUGAUCGAUCCUGCGGUCGACCAUAACAUCACAGAUGUUCACGUUCACAUCUACGAUUAUGUAGACACGACGUCCAAAGAAUGCCAAACAUCUGUCGGCGAAUGUUUCACCCACAAGUACAAAGAGCAUUUCAAGAAAAUACCGGAAUUGAAUGAAACACUGCAGGAUCAAUUUCUGCGGCAAUACAAUCUCAUGGAGAUGAGUCUGCAACCUGCUGAUACGUGGUUCGACAUCGAGAUGAGUAAAAAAUUAGAGAAUGCAGAAGCCACAGGACACCUACUCAUAAAUUGGAAGGAACGAGGAUACAGUACUAUUCUCGACAUAUUAAUGAAAAAAUUUCCAAACCCGGAGGAGGAGUUACCUGUGUUAAACAAAACGAUGCUCAACGUGGAAGUAACGAAAGUCGAUUACUCAAACGAAGACGGAACCGUGAAAGUGAUCACGAACGACGGAAAGGAGCACACAGCCGAUCACGUUAUCAUGACACCUUCUUUAGGAGUGCUUAAGGCGGACCACGAAACAAUGUUUAAUCCUCCGUUACCGGAAAACAAAGUCAAAAACAUUAAGGGGAUUGGAUUUGGAAACGCUUGUAAAAUAUAUUUAGCGUUCAACAAUAGUUGGUUUAAUCCGCUGGGGCUGAAGAACGGAGGCUAUAACAUUUUGUGGAGCACAGAAGAUAUAACG